AUGAACACACCAAGGGUCUACUUCAGUUUAAAGACACCCACGACUCCAGGGCCUCCGUGUGCAUCGCCUCCAUCUCGUCUCCCAGAUGCCUGCCGGUGCCCACGUUCCCACAGGUUGGCUCUGAAACUCAGUUGUGCUGUGCUUAUCCUUCUUCUCCUGACUGUGGUUGGACUGAGUGUUUUAGUGCGAGUCUUAAUACAAAAGCCAUCCAUAGAGAAAUGCAGAGAGUAUAUUCAAGAGAGCAUAACUGAACUAACAGGGAAUCCAGCUAAGCUACAGUGCCCAAAAGACUGGCUUCUACACUGUGAGAAAUGCAUAUGUUUUUCUCGAGAUUCUAAUAUUUGGAAGGAAGGUCUAUCUGACUGCGCUAGAAAAGGAGCCACUUUGCUGCUCAUUCAAGACCAAGAAGAACUGAGAUUCAUAAAGGACUUGAUAAAGGAAAGAGGCAAUUCAUUUUGGAUUGGACUAAAUUACUCAUUGCCAGGCAAGCACUGGAGAUGGAUAAACGGAUCCACUUUAAGUUCUGAUGUAUUACAAAUUACUGGUGAAGCUAAAAUAAACAGCUGUGUCUCCAUCUCAAAGGACAAAGUGGUUUCUGAGGACUGUACUUCAGACUACUAUUGGAUCUGCCAGAAGGAACCAAAACAUGUCUCUGAAACCAGGUGUAAUGACUCCUGA